ACUUUCCGCAGGCAUCAUCCUCUUGCGGUUCCCUUAUCCAUUCGUCCCUCCCCACUGAUCUCUCUCCAAGCGGAACAAAUGCUACACCUCCCCCUUUUCUUUCUUCAAGAGGCCUCCUGUCCCCUCCGAUCAGAUUCCCCCUUCUCCAGCCCUGCAUUUCUUUCACUAAUCAACUUCCCAGCUCAUCUUGUUUUCCCGUCCUGAUGUAGGGUCUCGGCCCGAAGCGUCGACUGUACUCUUUUCCAUAGAGUUUCUUUUUAAUAUUACCUUUAUACACAUAAAUGAAUAUAUUAAUCAGACUUAACCCUUUCUCUCCAAUAUUUUUAAUAUUAUUGUUGAAAUAUUGUCUUAGUUGAAGAUAUCUAAGGAAGUCCUGUUUCUGUAAGUGAUACGUUUUUGUGAGUUGUUGAAAGGACUCCAAACCCUUAAUAGGGGAUAUUGUACCAUAUGAGGUGAUUCCCUUACUUGUCCGAUUUGUAGAUCUAUCAUCCAAUUGUACUGGAAGGAAUUCGGUGUCAUGUGCCACCCAACGUAUUCUUACAUUUCUUUAAAAUUUUGGGUCUUUAAAUUCUUUAUACCAGAUGUUUAGAGGGACUGUUGUCCACUGAGUUUAUUUAAAUACUUCUCUGGGAGUGUUUUAUCCCCUAGUAAAGAUUGGAGAGGGAUAUUUAUUAGACUUUGUUCUAAAUCCUUCCACUUUGCCUCACAAUUAGGGUCACACCAACAGACCAGACUGUGCAGUCUUCAAAGCAAGGCACAGCAACUCCACCUUUAUCCUUGGGCAGCUGUAAUGUCUGAAAUCUAAUUCUUGGUUUCUGUUUUCCCCAAGUAAAUGUUGAAACCAUUCUUUUCCAUUCAUUAAAUUGCUUAAAAGGUACUUCAACAGGCAAUGAUUGAAAAAGAAAGAACAAUCUAGUUGCCUGGGCCGUAAGUCGUACACAGGGUUCUGACCUAGGCCAUCAGUCUCUCUCUCACACACACUUCUCGACUCCCUGAGUUCCUCCAUUUGCAGUCUUUGGUGCUUCCAUGGUAAGGAAAGAGGUACUGUAUCGUAUCACGGAGGAUCAUGUUAAUCUGGUCUGCUUAGGAAUCUAGUCAUGGUGGAUGUUAGAAAGUGGCCAGUCUUCAGUCUACUUGCCCCACAAGAGCGCAGAUCGAUUUACCAAGCCUGCGUCUUUGGCGUCACAGCUACCGAGGCUGUUUAUGUAACAAAAGAUAACAAUGUAUUUAUUCUUGGAGUGAAUUGCAGUAGCUGCUUAGGAGUUGGAGAUGGUCAAAGUAUAACAAUACCAAAGAAAAUAGAUGCUCUGUGUGGGAAGAAAAUAAUAUCUCUCAGUUAUGGAAGUGGACCACAUAUUUUACUUGCUACUGAAGAUGGAGAGACCUAUUCCUGGGGCCUCAACAACAGCUACCAGCUGGGAAAUGGAACGAGUGGUCCGGCCUCAUUGCCUUUUCUUGUUUCCAGCAUGUUCUCUAAUAAGAGAGUAGUGAAGGUGGCUUGUGGCUCCAAUCAUUCUAUGGUUCUGACAACAGAUGGAGAGGUUUAUUCAUGGGGUUCCAACAGUUCUGGACAAGUUGGAUCAGGGUCUGGAUUUGGAUCAACUGCAACCCAGGCAACACCUCGAAGAGUCGUGCAUGGUCUGGAGAACAGAAAGGUUGUCACUAUUGCUUGUGGUCAGCAGUUCUCCAUGGCUGUAACAGACAACGGAGAGGUGUUUGGUUGGGGCAGCAAUGGCAAUGGCCAGAUUGGAUCAGGGAUCAGUGGAAACCACUUUAUUCCUUGGAGGUUGAAUGCUUUGCAAGGUAUUUGUGUCCUACAGGUUGCCUGUGGUUAUGCUCACACACUCGCACUAACAGAUGACGGCUUGCUUUAUGCCUGGGGUGCUAAUGCAGUGGGGCAGCUGGGUUCUGGAAAUAGGCUGAACCAGAUGGUCCCGGUGCUAAUUGCUUUGGAGAAAGAAAGGAUUGUAGAGAUUGCAGCUUGCCAUCUCACUAAUACUUCAGCUGCAAAGACCCAGAGUGGUCAAGUGUACAUGUGGGGUCUAUGUCGUGGGCAGUCGGUGAUUGUCCCGCACCUCACGCAUUUCUCCUGCACAGAUGAUGUGUUUGCUUGCUUUGCGACCCCAGCAGUUAUGUGGCGUUUCCUCCACGUUGAAGAUGAUGAUCACCUGACAGUCGCCCAGUCUCUGCUCAAGGAGUUUGACAGUUUGAAAACGUCAGAUUUAAAGUUCUGUGUGGAAGGAAAAUUCAUCCAUGUUCAUAAAGCUAUUCUAAAAAUUAGGUGUGAACAUUUCCGGACUAUGUUUCAGUCCUACUGGAGUGAGAAUGAAAAAGAAGUGAUUGAAAUCGACCACUUUAGCUAUCCAGUUUACCGUGCCUUUCUCGAAUACCUUUACACGGACUCCGUUAACCUACCUCCUGAGGAUGCAGUAGGCCUUCUGGAUCUGGCUACAUCUUACUGUGAAAAAAGAGUGAAGAAGCUGUGCCAGGAGAUCAUCAAGAGGGACAUUAGUGUGGAGAACGCAUUUUUGUUGCUCUCGGCAGCUGUACGAUAUGACGCUAAGGAUUUAGAAGAAUUUUGUUUCAAAUUUUGUGUGAAUCAUUUGACUGCUGUGACCAAUACUGACGCGUUUUGGCAAAUGGAUGGAGAUCUCUUGAAAGAAGUUAUUGGAAGGGCUAGUAAAUGUGGAGCCUUCAGGAACUGAAUUUACUGGGUUGAUGUUCUCAAUAUCUUUAUAAAUAUAUUUCUUCCAUGAUUUAUUGAGCACUUAUUGAAUGCUUGUAUAAUCCCUGAUCCAGCUCAGUUGUAUAGAAUUAUACCCCUGCCAGAACAAUACAAAUAAAGUGGACAUAAAGGGUUGUUUAAUUCAAUUUUUACAAAAACAUGCACUAUUAUGGCUUAUUGUUUGAUUACUGUUAGCUUCCUGGGUGUGAAUAAUUAUGCAUCAGUUUCCUGUAAGGAAAUGCUUGUGAAUAAAUUUUGCAAAAUUGUUUUCAGUAAAUGCUAAAUGACUCCCCUUU